UUACGUUUGUCUUGGUGUUCUCUGGGCGACAUUUGAGGUUCAAAAUGCGUUUUGUUGCAGUUGAUUAAAAGCAAGCCCAGUGCUGCCGGAGCUGCAUUCAGACAUACACACCCAUGGCAGCAGAGAGAGGAGACACACAGCUGCCUGCCUCACGUCGUCCGGAAGUGUCGGUUCGUCACCGGCUUCAUUUUACCGACUUUUGAAAAAAAAAUGAAUAAAACCCGCCUGGCCUAGACUUGGACUCUGGGUCGGACACCUCAAGAGACGAGAAAGAAUUGUGCCCCGGUCCCUCCCCUGUUUUCUGUGGGGGUUUGAUUUUUGGUGUGAAGUCGGUGCAAUUAAUUAGUUUUCUUUCCCUCUCCGCCUGUGUGUGUUGGAGUAGCGGAAGUUGUUAAAGGAGAAUAAGUGAAGGGCUUUGUGCAGGGUUACACUGAGAGGGACACGAUCUGAAAAGUAUCCUUUGCGGGAUAAGUGGCAGGAGGCAGCGGCGCGCUCUUCAGCGCGAAGUUGUCCUGCAGAGCGACAGACACAUUGUUGCACCGCUCCCCUUUCCCUCUUUCUCUCUCCCUCCUCUUCUUUGACAGCUCUCUCGUUUUGGACACAUUUUUUUUUAUUUCUGGUAGCAAGUUGAAGCGUGUGGGGUUUUUUUUUUCUCCUCCAUCUGAAUGAGAAAGUAAUCAUGGUGACGACCACCACAGAGUAAAGCCACUGCCUCCUAAACCGUCAGUAAUUUCAUUUUGUUUUGCCCUAAAACAAAACUCUCCAAAGAUUGGGCUGUAACCGGAAGCUUGACACUUUGCUCUGAAAUCCAUGAGGAUGUGAAUGUACUUCUGCUGCACGCACUUCUACUUUUGCACAUUAGCCUGCAGGGGUUUGCGUGUAUUGUCCGUUGUGUUGACACGCUCGUUCCCGUGUACUUUUUCUACAAGUGAAUUGGUGGCAGAACAUCCUGUUGGAAGAGGAAUACUAUUUCAAAAGCGGAAUCCAAGUUUUCAGAAGGAGUUUUCGUUCGAAGACAAAGAAAUUGCCAAGAAAGCAAAGGAUAUUGACACUAAUUUACUUGCUGUACUUCCUAAAGUUUCAGAACUUCGAAAACUUUUUGAAGCUGGCCAAAAAUCCACUGUGGAAAUGAACAGGAAAGAGAGAAUUGCAAGACGUUUGGAAGGAAUUGGAGGUGAUACACAGCCAGUGUUGUUGCAGAAUUGUCGCGAGCUAGUUACUCACCGCCUGCUGGAGGAAGACACUCCGAGAUACACACGAGCUUCUGAUACCUGCAGUCCACCCCUAGUUAGGAGAUCAAAUAAGGAGGGCUUGGAGCAUCACCUGGUUGAAGAUUCUCCUUCAGAAAGACAGUCGAGACCAAGGUGCCGAGGAGAGGUUAAGCAGAUGGAUACUGAAUCUCCUUAUGGCAUUGGUAUGGAUACCGAUGCUUUAGAUGCAAAAGCAGAAAGAAUAGCAAAAUACAAGGCCGAACGGAGGAGACAGCUGGCUGAGAAAUAUGGGAUUGCCUUGGACUCUGAACUGGAUGGACGUGUUGCAGCCAAGUACUCCAGAGGAAGAAAAGAGGUUGAUCUAACUGAAAAAGUGCCAUCACAAGCAGAAAAAGAUCACAGCAGUGAAUCAAUUAAAUUGCACGGUUCCAGGGAUACAACAUUGAGUGAACCACAGACUCUGUCACCUGGUUCACAUAAAGAAUGUUUCUCACCGGAAGGAAAUGAUUUCACAGAAAGAGAAACUUUAUUGAACAAAGAAAAUCACAAAAAUGUGCUUGAAACAAGUGCCAAAGGAAGAAUUCUGGACCAGACAUGUGUUUGUGAAACUUCUGCGAACCUCAAGGAUUCCACUGUGAGUGAUGUGCCAGGCUCCCCAUCGCCUUCACAGAGGGUUUCACUUGCAUCACCAAAGCUGUUCUCAGAGUCAUUUAAUUCAUUUAGUGAGCAGUCUCAAAAUUUGCAGAAUAAAGAAGGCAAUGCAGUGAAAGUAAAGAAUGAAUGGUUUCUACAAAGAGAUUCCAAUGGCGAGACACCUUCUCUUAUCAACUGGCCUUCCAGAGUAAAAGUUAGAGAAAGAAUGAUGAAAGAUGAAGGAAUUCGGAGCAGCCCUGAAAUAGUCAAAGACAUCACUCAUAGAAGACCGCACCAGACAGCAAUUCCUUGUAUCUCCCUCCUGUCAGAAUCUCCAACUGCUAAUACAGUUAGUAAGCCCAGUGCAAUCCACCAACCCGUCUUUGUUCAGUCCACUGAUACUGUGGACAGUGCCAACACAAUGACAAAAGAGUAUAAAAGCAGCGUCGUUGGUAAUUGUGUACCAGGCUAUACUAGCCUUUCAACAAAAGCUGAAGAGAUAAAUGAGAAAGAGUUUGGAAGAAGAUGUGUUUACAGUAUUGGAUCAAAACUGAAUGAGCAUGGCAGCACUAGGAACUGGCUGAAAAGCCGUAAAGCAGUUUUACCUUCUCAGGUUCGAAAGCAAGAGAAGAAUCUUGAAGAAACUGUCUCUGACAUGAAUGUUAUAUGCAGGGAAGGUGAAAAGUCACAUCUCCUGGGGACAUCUGCAAUUGACUGGUACAAACCUAUGGAUGUUAAUCAGCGGAAGGAGAGCGCCUUAGAUAUUCAGAAAAAACCUGGGGUACACUCUCGUGCAGAUGCUAGAAGAGGAAAAGACCUAGUCAAAGAAGCAUCUCUUGAAAAAUCUAAACGAAAAUGUUCAAAGCCAGAUAACCCAGAAGUCUCAAACAGUGAAGAACGUCAGGGCAUCAGUACAGAUGUAUUCAGUGGCGAUACUGAUGCACUGGACACGAGGGUAUCUGUUGCCAAACUUCGAAGAGCUUACCUGGAGACAGCCAAUGCCAGCAGAAACUGGGACCUUGAAGCUAAUGUUGCCUUAGUGACAUCAGGCCUUGACUUGGCCACCCCUGCUGAAAUGGAGAAGGCCCAUCGUAGGCCGAGACGUUACAUUGCCUUUGGUGAGGAUAGGAAGACCUCUGAGAGGUUUAGAACACAGCCUAUAACUACAGCAGAGCGACGAGAAACAGCUAGGCCAGGGCCAAUUACGGAUAUGGAAACUACUGAAGUUGAUGAAGAGAAGUUGGAUGAACGAGCAAAACUGAGUGUGUCUGCAAAGAGGUCACUUUUCCGUGAAAUGGAAAAAGCAACAAAAGCAAUGGAUCCGUCCGUGGCAACCAAAUCUCGAUCUAGAAAUUUAGCAGUGGAACGAAGGUUACGUCGUACCCAAGAUCGUUCCCGUACUCAACCUAUCACCGUAGAGGAAGUAGUUAUCGCAUCCAGUGAACCCACCCCUGUCUCUCACACAGUGACUGUGCAGACAGUCAUGGCAAGAACCUCUAGCCUCACUGUAAUAAACUCAAAUUCCAAACCUAGCAGACUACAAGCAUCUGCACAGUCUGCUGCAGGGGAACAGAAGGCAAGUGAAGCCAAAGAAUUAGCAGAACAAGCCCAGCCUGAAGAGCCAGACAUGUCCACACUCAGCCUUGCAGAAAAGAUGGCUCUGUUCAAUCGUCUUUCACAACCUGUGACUAAAAUAAAAGCAGCAAGAAGUAGAAGUGAUACUAAGCAAAGACGAUCAAAUUCUCGAUAUCAGACUCAACCAAUUACGCUGGGUGAAGUUGAAGAGGUGCAAAAUGGAAAUGAAAUGAUAAGGCCUUUCUCACAGUCUCGGGUCAGUCAGGCAGCUACAGUCUCCACAGCUUGUGCUGGUGACCUACAUCUUGGAAAGUCUUCCAUUGCUGAGAAUAGUUUACAUGCUGCCCACAAGUCAGCAGCAACCUCUACUGUUCCCUCCCACAGCUCACUUGUCAAUGCUAAUAUAUCAAGUACGAGUGUGCUUCCCUCAGAAUGCAUGCUCCCAUCACAGGAGAGAUCCUAUGGAUUCAGUGGCAUAUUCAAAAAGGACGAUGAUGACAGAAAUGGUGAGACAAAAGAGAUGUUGCAAAAAAGCAGCAUGUAUAGUAGUAGGCUUGCAGAAACCGAUCCCCAUGUAGCAACUGGGAGGAGUAUGGAUAGUAAGCAUGAAACUCCAGAAAGGGACCAUGGGGAGCAACUCGAUUCAGAAAUCUUGCCACAGCCAGCUGAAAGGAAAAUGGUUAUGAAAUCCGAAAACAUGCAUGAGAGUUGGGAAAGUGAAGAGAAAAGCUUUGAUGAAAUUGUGCAAGUGGAACAUGAUAUGAAGAACAAGCAAGCCAUUUCAGAGUGUGUGGAGCAUGCUCCUGAAAUGAAAGCAGAAUCGGCAGCAACAUUCACUGCAUCACAGGUUUCUGCUGUAACAUCCUCCAGACUUACACAUCAGCAGCCAGCCACACAAAUAGAAAGCAAGGUGCCUUAUGAUCAUCAGUUGGAACUAAGUACCAAAACUGGCAGAACUGAAAUAAGUGAAGGGAUCCCAGAGUUCUCUACUGGAAAAGCAAUGUCUAUUAAAGAAAGGAUGGCUUUGCUUAAGAGAAGUGGAGAAGAAGACUGGAGGAACAGAAUUAACAGGAAGCAGGAUAAUGGCAAAGUGACCAGAACCAGUCGCUGUACUCAGUUUCAAGAAACAGAACAUUCUUAUAUUAAAAAGGACAAAGGAGAGGUUACUGAUGACAUCUGUGUUUCUAAUCAGCUCUGGGUCACUUGUGGUAGUUCCAGGAAAACAAGUCCUCAGCUAUAUGAUGAGCGCCAUCCUUGGAGGUGGAAGAGGCUAACAGAUGAUGUUGAAGCACAAAUGACAAUAGAAGAAAGGAAGCAGCUGAUAAGUGCACGGGAAGAGGCCUGGAAGACUCGGGGCAGAGGAGCAUGCAAUGAUUCCAAUCAAUUUACUGUAGCUGGAAGGAUGGUGAAGAAAGGGUUGGCAUCACCCACAUUCAUGAGUCCAAUAUGUUCACCUCUUUCACACAAGAUAAAGAAUAGCACCCCCGUCAUUUCCAAACCACAGGAAGAAAUUGAGGUCAGAUCUGACUUGCCUUUGGAAACUGACAGGAAGCUUGACAAACUAGAAUCAUUCUUGGGCAAACUGCAGAACAGAGUACCAGGGCAACAAGAUGCUGUGAUAACUGUGACUGGACAAUCUGUAAAGGAAGUAAUGAGACCUGAUGAUGAAGAAACUUUUGCAAGAUUCUACAGAGAUACAAAUACGUUUGUCAUUCAGCCAGGAGCUGUGGAAAUUGAUGAGGAGGACCUGGAUGCCAUUUUUGAUCCUGAUGUACCAAAGUUGACCUCUGCAGUAGCAGAGCAUAAACGGGCUAUCAAACCUACACGCAAAGUACAGUCUUCACGUAAUCCACUUAAGAUGCUUGCUGCAAGAGGUGAUAUCCGACAUGAAUAUACAGAACAGCGGUUGAACAUUGCGUUCAUGGAGUCAAAGAGAAUGAGGGUGGAGAAAAUGUCGAAAAAUUCGAAUCUAUCGGAAAUGGCAUUGGCUGGUCUGGCUAGCAAAGAGGACUUCAGCAGUGUCAAUCUCCGUAAUGUGAAUUUAACAGAACAAGUGUCGAACAACAGUGCUGUGCCGUACAAAAAGCUGAUGUUGCUGCAAAUUAAAGGACGGAGGCACAUUCAAACCAGGUUGGUGGAACCAAGAGCAUCAUCUUUGAAUAGUGGAGACUGUUUCUUACUUCUAGCUCCUCAACACUGUUUCCUGUGGACAGGAGAAUUUACCAAUGUCAUCGAAAAAGCCAAGGCUUCAGAACUGGCAGCAUUUAUUCAAACCAAAAGAGACCUUGGCUGCAGAGCGCCCUAUGUAGCCACAAUAGAAGAAGGAAUUAACAGCCAUACCAGAACAGCCAAAGAAUUUUGGAAACUCUUAGGUGGACAGUCAAGCUACCAAGGUGCUGGAAACCCAGAUGAAGAUGAAUUGUAUGAAAGUGCAAUAGUAGAAACCAAUUGUAUUUAUCGCCUAGUGGAUGAUAAACUAGUCCCUGAUGAUGACUUCUGGGGAAAGAUACCACGGUGCUCUUUACUUAAUUCAAAGGAUGUGUUGGUGUUUGAUUUUGGCAGUGAAGUGUACGUGUGGCAUGGAAAGGAGGUCACACUAGCACAGCGAAAAGUAGCAUUCCAGUUGGCAAAACAUUUGUGGAAUGGUACAUUUGACUACACAAACUGCGACAUCAACCCUUUAGAUCCAGGCGAAUGCAAUCCGCUGAUACCAAGGAAAGGUCAGGGCCGUCCUGAUUGGGCAAUUUUUGGCAGGCUGACCGAGCACAAUGAAACUAUUUUGUUUAAGGAAAAGUUCCUGGACUGGCUAGACUCAAAGAAGCCAUCACCAAAAACUGGAAUUGAAGAGGAACAGAAGCAGGAGUAUGGGAAUGAUCUUAAACCAUAUGAUGUCACAUUGAUGAUUCCUCAGUCUCUCGCCUCUGUUGGGAUGACACUAGAUGGGUUAAAUAUCGGACGUGGCUACGGAAUAGUAGAGGGAGAAGACGGCAGGCAGUUUGAGAUCACCAGCCUCUCUGUUGAUGUAUGGCACAUACUUGAAUUUGACUAUAGUAGGUUGCCGAAACAGAGCAUUGGGCAGUUCCAUGAAGGUGAUACCUACGUGGUGAAAUCAAAGUAUCUGGUCAGCAGCACAGUUGGUAAAAGGCAGAAGUCCGAGCUUGUUCGAAACACUGCUGUCGGAAAGGAGAAGUGUGUGUAUUACUUUUGGCAAGGCCGUCAUUCAACUGUGAGUGAGAAAGGAACAUCAGCUCUCAUGACUGUAGAACUAGACGAGGAGCGAGGAGCCCAGGUCCAAGUGCUGCAGGGGAAGGAGCCCCCCUGUUUCUUACAGCUGUUCCAAGGAGGAAUGAUUGUGCAUGCUGGCAAAAGGGAAGAGGAGGAAGAAAGCUCACAAAGUGACUGGCGGUUGUACUGUGUCAGAGGAGAGCUUCCAAUGGAAGGAAACUUGCUUGAAGUUGCGUGUCACUGUAGUAGCCUGAGAUCCAGAACUUCCAUGAUUUUGCUGAAUGUCAACAAGGCAGUCAUCUACUUAUGGCAUGGUUGCAAAGCGCAACCACAUACAAAGGUGGUAGGAAGGACUGAAGCCAACAAAAUCAAGGAACUGCGUCCAUUGGAAGCAGGACUGCACAGUAGUAUCAAUGUGACCAUACAUGAAUGUGACGAGGGAUCUGAAACAGUGACGUUCUUUGAAGCAUUGGGAAGAAGAGACCGAAAAGCCUACGACUGCAUGUUACAAGAUCCUGGAAAAUUCAACUUCACUCCUCGACUCUUUAUCCUCAGUAGUUCAUCCGGAGAGUUUGUUGCCACUGAGUAUCUAUAUCCUGCCAGGGAGCCCACCAUGGUUAACUCAAUGCCAUUUUUACAAGAAGAUUUAUACACUGCCCAACAGCCAGCUUUAUUCUUGGUGGACAAUCACCACGAGGUAUACCUUUGGCAGGGCUGGUGGCCUACAGAAAAUGAAAUCACAGGGUCUGCCCGAAUUCGCUGGGACGCCGACCGGAAAUGUGCAAUGGAGACAGUGCUACAAUACUGCAAAGUAAAGAAUGCCAAGAAGCCACCAAAAUCCUACCUGAUACAUGCGGGUUUUGAACCACUGACGUUUACAAAUAUGUUUCCCAGUUGGGAACACAGGGAAGAUGUCGCAGAGAUCACUGAAGCGGAAGCUGAAGGCUGCAAUAAAAUAAUUUUGGUAGAGGAUGUAUUGAGCAAGUUAUGUAAGACGCAGUACCCUCUGGCAGAACUUCAAGCCCGGCCUUUGCCAGAGGGUGUUGAUCCAUUAAAGCUUGAAAUUUAUUUGACGGAUGAAGAUUUCCAGAAGACACUGGAAAUGACGAGAGAAGAGUUCAGUGUCCUGCCCUCAUGGAAGCAAGUUAAACUGAAGAAAGCAAAAGGCCUUUUCUAAAUAGUUUUUAGCAUAGUGCAUAGUUUUUUUUUAAAAAACACAUGCUUAGUAACGGAGCUUUCACCGAAGAUCAUUUUGACAUCUGUGGAUCAGUCAUGGACGGUGGUCUGGUCAAAGAGCACAUUAUGGAAAUAAGUUGCACAUUCAGGGCAGCAUUGCCUUUUUGGGGGAGUUUUGUCGAUUUGUGCAUGUUGAGGGGAACUCUAUGAAUUUUAACAGUGUUGACAUAUUGAGACAAUGCCAUUGUACGCAUUUGACCUCAAUGCACUUAAGGGCAACAGAUGCUACUCGGCCAUAUCCUGCCUGUGUAUCUUGAAGGCAAAAUAUUUUGUAAAGUGUUAUUUUGUGAGUAGCAGAUAGCUAAUCAUGAAGAGUUUAUAUUUAUAUAAUACAACAUGAAAAGUGACUAUGGUUUGAUGACUAAAUAUUUAAUUGUUAAUGACAUAUAUUCACUCUAGUUUUGUUGCGUUAACCAGAAAACACGAUGGCUAGUUGAACGAAAACUGCUUGUACUGAGAUCAUGCCACAAAUACCUAUUCUGAUAAUCAUACUAUCAUGUUCAGUCAUUGAAAUGUUCUGUCUGUACCUUUCAAUGCUAUCAUGAACAAAAUGUAUUUAUGGCAUGGGAUAAUGAAAACGCUACACAAAUUGAGUAACUUUUUAUGUGAAUCUAUAAAAUGUAUAGUGCCUUGCUUUUGUGUACAGUUUAUACUACAGAAAAAGUGUUUGAAUUUUUGAUGGAAGCAGGUGUUUAAAAAAUGGCUUCAUUCAGUUAAACUUGUUCUGAUAGAGGUUUAAGAAUCUCUAUUCCAAUAUUCAUCACCUAACAAACUUCUUCCUUGUGAUAAAAUUUGGAAAAAUAAAAGUUGAAAAUGAUUUGUAUUUUUUGGUUAUGUUUCUCUGGGUGGCUUACAAGUGGUGAAACAAAGCUUGUGUGAAAAUGGCACUGUGUAAUUAAGUUCUUAAUUGUAACUAACUGAAGACAAUUGAUCAUAUUGCCAUUUGCUACCAUUUAUAACUCUCUUAUUGCAGAGUCAUUUGAGUUCAUUUGCAAACAACUUGUCAUUUACAUUGUACUUUAUUAAAAUACCCCAAGGUACUUCAAGCAGAAAUGAACAUCAAACAGGAACAUGACCAUAGGCAUGCUUAUAAUCAGUUGCAAGAAGCCUUUUGAAUGAGAGGAGCAGGUUUUAUGGGGUUUUAUCAGGACGGUUCAAGAUUGGCAUUCUGAGGUAGCUGAAGACUUUGCUGCCAAAAAUAUAGUGAAUAAUUCAUUAUGACCUACUGCGGAAACUAAUCAUGGAAUAAUACAGUACAGAAGAUAGUUGUUCAAUCCAUUGAGCAUUUUCUGGCUCUUUAAAGAAUUCUGACUGCCCUACAUAUAGCCCCGCAACCAUUCCCCCUCAAAUAUUGAUCCAGUUCUCUUUUGAAAGCUUUGAUUGAAUCUGUUUCCCAGCUCACAAGAAAACAUGAGCUUAGAAAUGGUAAUUUUGUUGUAUGGAGAAAUCAUCAUUUCCACAAGGAAUGGUUUUCCAAAGGCCAAGGUGGUCUCAGAAUGGGGAGAACGUUAAAAAAUAAGUGCAGUCUUUUCUGUUUAUUGUCAUUGACUUACCCAAACUAUUUUAAAAUCUCUUUCUUCCAUAACAACUUUGCAUUUUCUGAAUGAGAAUUUGAUCUGUCUUCCUGUAAAAACUUAGUUAACUAAUCGAGAGAAGAGAUAACUAUUAAGCGUACAGUAACUUACUAGUUUAAUAUUUAGCCCUUGGAUUCCUGUUUUUAUAACCAUUUCCUGUAGCUCUUCAGCCUGACCGUUCUCCACAAAGUGCCUUUCUAUACCCACUUUAGCUAUUGAUAAAUUUUAAAACUUGAAUCUUGCAAUAGAGGUUUGUGUGUUUACAGAGUUGACCAUGUUAACGCUUAUCUUACUGUGCUGAAGAGUCCCUUAACACAGUUUUCUGUAGAAAUUCCAGGAACACUAAUAGAAAAUAUU